GAGAGUCUUGGCUCCCAGCCGGCAGUGGCACGGCCACCCAGCGUGGAUUCCCUGUCCAGUUAAUGUGUUAAGAGCCAUUGACAUUUGAAGAUCAUCAGAAGUGAAGAUAAAACAUCUCAAAAAUUAUAAUUGCUUCCACUUCUCAUUCAGAGAAUUCAGUGCAUACAAAAUCAGCUUCUGUUGUAUCAUCGGAUUCCAUAUCAACUUCUGCAGAGAACUUUUCUCCUGAUUUGAGGGUCCUGAGGGAGUCUAACAAAUUAGCAGAAAUGGAAGAACCACCCUUACUUCCAGGAGAAAAUAUUAAAGACAUGGCCAAAGAUGUAACUUAUAUAUGUCCAUUCACUGGUGCUGUACGAGGAACUCUGACUGUUACGAAUUACAGGUUAUAUUUCAAAAGCAUGGAACGGGAUCCCCCAUUUGUUUUAGAUGCUUCUCUUGGUGUUAUAAGUAGAGUAGAAAAAAUUGGUGGUGCUUCUAGUCGAGGUGAAAACUCUUACGGACUUGAAACUGUGUGCAAGGAUAUCCGGAACUUACGGUUUGCUCAUAAACCUGAGGGACGAACAAGAAGAUCUAUAUUUGAGAAUCUAAUGAAAUAUGCAUUUCCUGUCUCUAAUAACCUGCCUCUUUUUGCUUUUGAGUACAAAGAAGUAUUCCCUGAAAACGGGUGGAAGCUAUAUGACUCUCUUUUAGAGUAUAGAAGGCAGGGAAUUCCAAAUGAAAGCUGGAGAAUCACAAAGAUAAAUGAACGGUAUGAGCUUUGUGAUACAUACCCUGCCCUCUUGGUUGUGCCGGCAAAUAUUCCUGAUGAAGAAUUAAAGAGAGUGGCAUCCUUCAGAUCACGGGGCCGUAUCCCAGUUUUAUCAUGGAUUCAUCCUGAAAGUCAAGCCACAAUCACUCGGUGUAGCCAGCCCAUGGUAGGGGUAAGUGGGAAGCGAAGCAAAGAAGAUGAAAAAUACCUUCAAGCCAUUAUGGACUCCAAUGCCCAAUCUCAUAAAAUGUUUAUAUUUGACGCCCGGCCAAGUGUUAAUGCUGUUGCCAAUAAGGCAAAAGGUGGAGGUUAUGAAAGUGAAGAUGCCUAUCAAAAUGCAGAACUAGUUUUUCUAGAUAUCCACAAUAUCCAUGUUAUGAGAGAAUCUUUACGAAAACUUAAGGAGAUUGUGUACCCCAACAUUGAGGAGACCCACUGGUUGUCUAACUUGGAAUCUACUCACUGGCUAGAGCACAUUAAGCUUAUUCUCGCAGGGGCUCUUAGGAUUGCUGACAAAGUAGAGUCAGGAAAGACGUCUGUGGUAGUCCACUGCAGUGAUGGCUGGGAUCGCACAGCUCAGCUGACCUCCCUGGCCAUGCUCAUGUUGGAUGGAUACUACCGAACCAUCCGAGGAUUUGAAGUCCUUGUAGAAAAAGAGUGGCUAAGCUUUGGACAUCGAUUUCAGCUUAGACUUGGCCAUGGAGAUAAAAACCAUGCAGAUGCAGACAGAUCACCUGUUUUUCUUCAGUUUAUUGACUGUGUCUGGCAAAUGACAAGACAGUUUCCUACAGCAUUUGAAUUCAAUGAAUAUUUUCUCAUUACCAUUUUGGACCACCUAUAUAGCUGUUUGUUUGGAACAUUCCUCUGUAACAGUGAACAGCAGAGAGGAAAAGAGAAUCUUCCCAAAAGGACUGUGUCAUUGUGGUCUUACAUAAAUAGUCAGCUGGAGGACUUCACUAAUCCUCUCUAUGGGAGCUAUUCCAAUCAUGUCCUUUAUCCAGUAGCCAGCAUGCGCCACCUAGAGCUCUGGGUGGGAUACUACGUAAGGUGGAAUCCACGGAUGAAGCCACAGGAACCCAUUCACAACAGAUAUAAAGAACUUCUUGCUAAACGAGCAGAGCUUCAGAAGAAAGUAGAGGAACUACAGAGAGAAAUUUCCAACCGAUCAACCUCAUCCUCGGAGAGAGCCAGUUCUCCUGCACAGUGUGUCACUCCUGUACAGACUGUUGUGUGAGAGGGCUACUGGAUGGGGCCAUCGGUCAUCGCCAUGAACUCUGAUUACAGUGGCAGCUUCAUGAGGAGAAAGUUUCUGAAUAUAGAACCCAUCUGUGAGAGAACUUAAGUCACUUUAUUUAUUUUAAAUCUCUCUAGGAUGAGUUUAGAACUGUAGCAGUGCAGGUGGUUUAAGUGAAAUAACCCCCACAUGUAAUUACAUGAUUAUGACACUAAUCUUAUAAGUCACCCAAAGAACAUUAAAAUGCUUCAGUCCUGGAUCCACAGUGGGAACAAGUUUCUGAUUUUAAAAGGAAAAUGCUGUCUCAGAAAUUUUGGUGUGUGGUAAAAUCAAAACACAAACUACUUCAGAAAUACACUUCUUGAUGGAAGAACACUCAUUGCACAGAAGGAGGAGCAUCAGUUUUCAAACCAAACCAAUACUGACAUUCAUGGCAUUAUACAUACUGGGCUUCAGUGUCAUAAUCAAGAUCACUUGAUGCUCCUUUGCCCAU